AUGAGACGACGUGAACAACAAAUUAAUCCACCACAAAGCGAUUCUUCUGUAGAAAAAAUUGCUCCCCCUGCUCAUGAUACAUUACUUAAAGAUCAAAAUAGCAAAAUUUGGAUUGUCGAUCCAUCGAAAAACUUUUAUUAUUAUUGGUCGGCCGUUAUUUCAUUAGCUGUUAUUUAUAAUUUCAUUUUACUUAUCGGUAGAACUGCAUUUUUAUUAUUACAAAAUAAACUGUUAGUAUUGUGGCUAAUAUUUGAUUAUUUAUGCGAUAUAUGUUAUAUUUUUGAUAUUGUUGUACAAACAAGAAAAGGUUAUUUAGAACAAGGCUUACUAGUUCGUGAUUUGAAAAAGCUCCGUUUACAUUAUGUUAAAAGUCGUUCGUUUAUUCUCGAUGUUAUAUCGUUAAUACCAACUGAUUUAUUUUAUUUUGUACCUAGUUUACAUUUGAUACCAUUUUUGAGAGCAAACCGUUUAUUUCGUAUGUAUCGUGUAUUUGAAUUUUCGGAUAAAGUUGAAACACAAACAAAUCAUCCAAAUAUAUUUCGGCUUGUUUCGUUAUUGAUUAUUAUUCUUAUUAUUAUACAUUGGAAUGCUUGUUUCUAUUUUAUUAUGAGUCGAUGGAUUGGUUAUUCGUCAGAUGGAUGGGUGUACAAUAUGACAACAACAACAGGUUCAACAUUACAAACACAAUAUUUAUACUGUUUCUUCUGGUCAACACUUGUUCUAACAAAUAUCGGUGAAGUACCAUCGCCCGAGACCGAUAUUGAAAUACUAUUUGUAACAGCCGAUUUUCUUGUCGGCGUUUUAAUAUUUGCAACAAUCGUCGGGAAUGUUGGUAGUAUAAUUGCUAGUAUGAAUGCAGUAAGAGCAGAUUUUAGACAAAAAGUUGAUCAAGUUAAGCAAUAUAUGGAAUUUCGAAAAGUUGGAAAGGAUCUCGAAAAACGUGUUAUUACGUGGUUUGACUAUCUAUGGUCACAAAAACAAGUGUCCAAUGAAGAUUAUGUACUUGAAAGUCUUCCACAAAAACUUCGUGUUGAAAUAGCAAUUUAUGUCCAUUUAGCAACAUUGAAACGUGUGCCAAUUUUUGCUAAUGCAGAACCUGGCUUAUUGGUUGAAUUGGUGACACGAUUGAAACUUCAGAUAUACAGUCCUGAUGAUUAUGUAUGCAAAAAAGGUGAUAUUGGUAAAGAAAUGUAUAUUAUAAAACGCGGUCGUCUAGGCGUUGUUUCCGAUGAUGGUAAAACCGUGUUUGUCACAUUAAAUGAAGGAAGUGUAUUUGGUGAAAUAGCUAUUCUAAAUAUACCCGGUAGUAAAAAUGGAAAUAGACGAACAGCGAAUAUUAGAAGUGUGGGAUAUUCAGAUUUAUUUUCACUAACAAAACAAGGUAAUUUAUGGGAAGUAUUGGCUGAAUAUCCAUCAGCUCGUGACACAUUACUUGAACAAGGUAAAGCUUUGUUGAGAAAAGAUAAUUUAUUGGAUGAAGAUGCAGCACAACAAGCCAAACAAGAAGAACUACAACUACCGGAUAAAAUUAGCCAGUUAGAAAUAAAUAUUGACAAUUUAGAAACUCGUUUAGCUCGAUUAAUAGGUGAAUACACGGCUAAUAGCAAUACAUUAGGUACAAGAUUAGAUACCGUCGAAAAAAUAGCUCAAGGCCCAAAAACAAGACCAAGAACAGAUACAUUACUAUCUGUUAAUUAUGAUAUGAAUACAGGCGAAGAUGACGUUUAA